ACCUUUUUAGAUAUAGUUCAGAUUCACACAUAUUAUUGAGACUCAAGAGGUCAUUUCACUGUUUAUUCUGAAGCCUUUUAAUCCUUGUGAAAGUCUUCUCUUUUCUGAGCAAUCGUCAUUUUACUUGUUCACUAAAGGCAGAAAGAAAUCAUCUCAGAUGGCCCAUAUUAUGCUGAAGAAGCUCAAGGUGCCAGCAAACUCGGGGAGUUUGGAAGAAGCUCGCAGUCGUACCUUUGAAUUCUUCAGGAUGUGUUGCAGAUCUAUCCCUCAUAUAAUGGAAAUCUAUAACUUGUACGAUGUCGUUACCCCAUCCCAACUCCGUUCAGCCGCCGCCGCCGAAGUUCGCAAGAAUUCCAAUGUCACUAACCCUAAGGUAAUUGACAUGCUGCUGUUCAAGGGCACGGAAGAGUUGAUGAACAUUGUGAACCAGUCAAAGCAGAGGCACCACAUUGUUGGCCAAUAUGUUGUGGGUAACCAAGGUCUUGUGCAGGACCUUGCAGCCAAAGAUCAGGAUACAUCCAAUUUCCUGAAAAAUUUCUAUGGCAGCAACUACUCCUAGAUCAUCUUUCUGUAUGAACUAUGUCAUGUGGGCAUUUCUGGUGGUCAAAAUUUACAAUAAUGAACAUGUACCUGCAUCUUACACUUGGAUGCACAUUGUCUGUUUUCUUUCUUCUUUUAAUUGGAGAGGAUGGUCUGAGUCAAGAACCACCAAUUGACAAUUUCUUUUUUGACUGGUAAAUUCUAUUAGUAUGCA